AAAUCAACUCCUCUUUUCACCAACUCAUACAUUACAUCUUUCUUCUUUUAAUCUUUCCAAAGAAACCAGAUUUCUGUUUUCAAAACACUUUUUCUCUAAAUGGCUUCCAACUCCAUGAGUUCUAACGCUUCUUGGACACGUAAGGAAAACAAACUAUUUGAAAGGGCUUUGGCUAUAUAUGACCAGGACACUCCAGACCGUUGGCAUAACGUUGCUAGAGCAGUUGGUGGGAAAUCAGCUGAUGAAGUAAGGAGACACUACGAGCUCCUCAUAAGGGAUGUCAAUGACAUUGAGUCAGGGCGUUAUCCGGAUCCUACUUACCGUUCAAAUGGGAACUGAAAGCACUCAAGCUACUCAAAAUGGUUCCUCUGAAACCAAAAUGGUUCCGAAACCAGAAACAAACAGAGAGCAUCCAAACAAAGAUAUAUCAAAUGUAUUUACUUAUUUUGUGUUAUAUAUGCGACUAUGUAAGAA